ACACCAUGAGAGGAUUCCUAUUGAUCCGGGGGCACUGUGCAUUUGCUGACCUCCCCCUCUGUACCCCCUCCAUUGUACACAGUAAUAAGAGCUGAGGGAGAAGGGCCUGGCAGAGCUCCCGCCCCCACACAACAUGCUGCUUUGUGGUGUAUUGUUUACAGGCAUUCAUGCCAGCAGCUGCCCGGGCUCCGGUGCAUCCUAGCAGGGAAGCAGUGCUGAGCUCAUGACGCCGGGGAAGGCACCGCUGCAGACAGCAGGCUGACCAUUAACCCGCGCCUGGCUGUGCCCGCCUCUGCCAUACACUACAGCCUGCAGGCUGCUCCACGCGAUGUGACGGGCUGCAGCGGAUCCACAGCAAUGUCUAUUCAGAUUGUGUCACUCGGGAAUGAGGACAAUGGAUUAUCUGCAGAAGAAAGGACCUCAAAUGUGUUUUCUUUCUAUCUUGGACUCAGAUCUAAUAGAUUACAGGUAGAAAAAAGCCACCCAGUUUUCAGGGUCUACCAAGCCAGUGUUCUGGGCAAUGUGGAGAUUGUGGUGCACGAGUGUCCUGACUGGGAUACAUUUGCCAGUGAUUUGCAGAGGUCUCAGGCCACAAUUGCAGAAGGAGAUAUUUUUGUAUUAAAGUUUGCGGUCAACAACAAAUCCUUAUUUCUGGAAAUAAAGAACAAUUUUGCUCCAUUAUUAAAACAGAUAUUCAGUCACCAGUCGGUGCCAGUAAUCAUUUUAGCAAUUGGUACAAGACAAAGUGAUGGACCAUCCUGCACCUGCCCCAUGUGCACUUCAGACACAGAGGUAUGCGUUCCUGCUUCAGAAGGGAUUCAACUUGCCAAGGACUUAGGAGCUACAUACAUAGAACUGCAUGCUCUAAAUGUCUUCUAUGUUGUGAAAUACUUCGGAGGACUGCUGGAAUACUUCAUACUGCAGACUAUGAGCAAAACGUCAGCUGCAGCUGAAAGAAGAAAGAAGAAUCAAGCCCUUAAGGUGAAACCUCCCAAGCUGGGGCCACCAGAAAAGAUGCCUGUCUUGAAAGAUGAACCUUCACAGUAUAUGUCUGAUAUCAAGAACUUGUUGGAUCAAUGCCAGUGUGUAGAUGUGGUCUUCUGUACGGCUGACUUGAAUCCGAUAUAUGGAGCUCACAGAGUGGUUCUAUGUAGUUUGAGCUCCAUAUUUAUGCUGCUGUUUGGUAUGGUAUCUAAUAAAGACAUGUAUGACCCCAGCACACAUAAGACUGUCCAGUCCCUCUUCUAUGUGUACCAGGAGCCUGCGGUCUCCACUAAGAAUUCUCCAGUAAGAGUCAUUGUUAAAGAUGACCUCUUCCAUAAAUGUUUAUCCGACAUCCUCCACUUCAUUUACUCAGGCGCGUUCCAAUGGCAGCUGCUAGAAUAUCACCUCAACGAAAAAUUAAAAGAUGCUGAAGAAGUAGCACACGUGUAUACCAUAGUACAACGCAUAAUAGAUAAAACAGGCACAAGUUCACAUUCUAUGAAGCCACUGCCUUUAUGGGAAUCUCUUGGAUUCUUUUUUAACAAUACAUCACUGGCAGAUGUGAUCUUCCAGGUACAAGAUACUAAGAUUCCAGCUCAUCGGGCCAUGUUAGUAGCUCGCUGUGAAGUAAUGGCUGCCAUGUUUAGUGGAAGUUACAUGGAAGCCAAUCAAGUGCUUAUUCCAGUGUAUGGUCUAUCAAAAGACACUUUUUUAGAUUUUCUUGAGUACAUCUAUACAGAUACCUUCUACCCUGCUAGCAUCCUGCAAGCCAUGUCUCUUCUGAUUUGCUCCGAGAUGUAUCAAGUAUCAAGACUACAACAUAUUUGUGAACGUUAUAUCAGUACCCAGCUUCAGAGUGUGCCCAGCAGAGAGCUGGGAUCAACAAGCCUGAACGUGGUCAGUCUGCUUAAAAAGGCUAAGUUCCAUAACUCUGAAAGUCUUUACACUUGGCUACUUUACUUUGUUGCCACACACUAUUUGAUCUUCAGUCAAAAGCAAGAGUUCCAAGACCUUUCAGAGGAACUGGAUUUUGUGGAAAGACACAAGUGGCCUUCAAGUAGUUACCUGACACAACUUGCAGAAUACAGAAAAUACAUAAAUUCUCCAAAGCACAGGUGUGCUGUCAUGUGACCCAAGCUUGAUUACCUGCUUUAGUUUAGUUAAACUAGUCAGUGCCUAAUGUGUAUCAAUGCCUGGUGUACUAUCACCUGUAAAGGUACUUUUCUGCAUUUGAUGUUUUAUUUUUCACAAGCUAGUAUCUGGGGGGGUAGGGGAAGGGGUGAGAGCUGACUCUCUGUUGCCUAGAACAGACCUCAAAAGUACCUACCAGCAUUAUCAUGUGACAUUUCACAGUAAAUAUGUAACUAUAAACAGCAUUACCCCAACUACCGUGUUUCCCCGAAAAUACACCAUACCCCGAAAAUAAGCCCUAGCUGGAUUAUCGGGGUGGGCUGCAAUAUAAACCCUACCCCGAAAAUUAGACCUAGACCAGUGGUCUCCAACCUUUGGACCUCCAGAUGUUGCAAAUGUUUGCAACAUCUGGAGGUCCGCAGGUUGAAGACCACUGACCUAGACAAUGCCCGGGCUGCAAAUAUUAAA